UUCAUGAUUGUAAAGAAACUGUCGGUCUUGUUUUGUGUGAGAUUUAUUGCGUUUAUUUAUUAAUAUUAUUUUAUUUUUGCAAUGGACACAGAAGUGGUAAAGAGCAAACCUUUAACAAAAGAUGAGACGAAAACUUUGCUGGAGCUCAUAAAAGCCAGCAAAAUUAUCACGAAUAAAACUACGAAUGCGACAAACAAUAAAUUGAAAACCGAAGAACGGAGUCGCAUAGCUGUGCGAUUCAAUGCCUCGGCAACAGUUUGUCGUCGUACACCACAGCAACUGCGUUUAAAGUGGGAAAACUUAAAGAAAAACGCACGUAAACGUAGCACAAAAAUAAGGAUGAAUUCCAUACAGACUGGGGGAGGAGCUGGGGAAUAUAUCCCUCCAGAUGAAAUACUGUAUAGAGUUACAAGUCUGCUGGGAAGCACAGCCAGCGGAUUUGAAGUGCCUUUUGGUGGUGAU